CACCUUCUUCUUCCUUUUCUCCCACACUUCCACAGAAGAAAAAAUAAAAAUAAAAACCUUUCCUUUCUUAUUAAACCACCAUGAAACUCCAAGCUUCAUCUCCUCAAGACAACCAACCAUCAAACACGACCAACAACAGCACUGACAGUAACCACUUAUCCAUGGACGAACAUGCCAUGCGUUCCAUGGAUUGGGAUUCAAUCAUGAAAGAACUUGAGGUUGACGAUGACUCUGCACCUUACCAGCUUCAACCGUCGAGUUUCAAUCUCCCUGUCUUUCCCGAUAUCGACUCAUCCGAUGUUUACCCCGGUCCAAAUCAGAUAACCGGGUACGGGUUCAAUUCUCUCGAUAGCGUUGACAAUGGAGGAUUCGAUUACAUCGAAGACCUCAUUCGAGUCGUGGACUGUAUCGAAUCAGACGAGUUACACCUCGCUCAUGUGGUUCUAUCACAACUCAAUCAACGUUUACAAACUUCCGCGGGUAGACCGUUACAAAGAGCAGCGUUUUACUUCAAGGAAGCUCUCGGUUCGCUUUUAACCGGAACUAACCGGAAUCAAUUAUUUUCGUGGUCCGAUAUUGUUCAGAAGAUCCGAGCGAUUAAGGAGUUUUCCGGUAUAUCUCCGAUUCCUCUCUUCUCUCACUUCACGGCAAACCAAGCGAUCCUCGACUCGCUCAGCUCGCAGUCGUCUUCUCCGUUCGUCCACGUGGUUGAUUUCGAGAUCGGGUUCGGUGGUCAAUACGCAUCGCUCAUGAGAGAGAUCGCUGAGAAAUCAGCAAACGGCGGGUUUCUGAGAGUCACGGCGGUUGUGGCGGAGGAUUGCGCCGUCGAGACGCGGCUGGUGAAAGAGAACUUGACUCAAUUCGCGGCGGAGAUGAAAAUUCGUUUUCAGAUAGAGUUCGUUCUGAUGAAGACGUUCGAGAUUUUAUCUUUCAAGGCGAUUAGGUUCGUGGACGGAGAGCGAACCGUCGUGUUGAUAUCUCCGGCGAUUUUCCGCCGUGUGAUUGGAAUCGCUGAGUUUGUGAACAACUUAGGAAGAGUGUCGCCUAACGUCGUCGUUUUCGUGGAUAGCGAAGGAUGUACGGAGACAGCAGGAUCUGGUUCGUUCCGGCGGGAGUUUGUUAGCGCUUUUGAGUUCUACACGAUGGUGCUGGAGUCGUUAGACGCCGCCGCUCCUCCGGGAGAUUUGGUGAAGAAGAUCGUGGAAACAUUCCUGUUACGUCCGAAGAUCUCCGCGGCGGUGGAAACGGCGGCGAAUAGGAGAAGCGCCGGUCAGAUGACGUGGCGGGAAAUGUUGUGCGCCGCCGGGAUGAGACCGGUCCAGCUAAGCCAGUUCGCUAACUUUCAAGCUGAGUGCUUACUGGAGAAGGCGCAGGUCAGAGGGUUCCACGUGGCUAAACGACAGGGAGAGUUGGUGCUGUGCUGGCAUGGGAGGGCACUCGUUGCCACGUCAGCGUGGCGCUUUUAGAUAACCGUAUUAUAGACUUGUUUGGUUUAACAAUGAUAUAGAAUCGAAUUUCGGUU